GGCGGGGGCCCGGCUGCGUCACGAGUGUGUAAACAGCGCCUCGGUGCCCGCCGCUAUUUAAGGGGCCGAGGCUGAGUCUCCCCCGACUUGCCUGCUCGGGCACACUCGGGACUCACUGCUCCCAACUCGAGCGGGACCUUGGAAAAGCGCAGCGGAAAGCAAUGUACAGCGGGCUGUGCAUCUGCGUGUUCCUGGCCGUGCUCUCGGCGAGCUCCCUCGGACAGCAAACUCUGGGCUCGCACGAUGGGAAUCCUCUGCCUGCCGAGCUGGAGCAGAGCCUGGCAGAGCGGCAGCGGCACUCCCGCGCUCCGUCGUCCGCCGGGCCCCUGAAAUCCCUGCAGCGGCUGGAUGUGAGCGGUGACCAAAGAGCCAACAUCGGCGCCUUGCUGGCCAAGUACCUCCAGCAAGCCAGGAAAGGUUCCACUGGAAGAUUCUCAGUUAUGGGAAACAGGGUACAGAGCAUUGAUCCUACUCACAGGAUAAAUGACAGAGACUACAUGGGCUGGAUGGAUUUUGGACGCCGCAGUGCUGAAGAAUAUGAGUAUUCUUCCUGAAGAACAGCAAACUAUAGCAAUGAGAAAAAAAAUCACACUCCCAUGUCUGUACAAAAAAAGAUAAAUCAAUUUGUUGUCCUCUUCAAAUUAGUGUUUUAAACUAUUUAAAAUCAUGUAUUUGACCUAAGUUUGUCUGUAAGACUAUACAAUGCAAUACAUACAUAUGCAGAAUUUUCCAGAAAACAUUUUCUUUCUUUUGUGGUUUCUCAUACAUUGAUACUAUAUUAAAAUGAUUUCACUUA